ACGACCAACUCGGACGAGUCAUAUGUCGGUUAGCGCAGCAUAGAUUCAACAUCAGCUUGCGACUUGGUUCUGGUACACAGAAACCCUAACGGAAGUGCAAAGAAAAAUGGAAAACGGCAACCACAAAGAAGUCCCAGAAGACGCCAACGAACAUUGUCCGGGAACGCAAUCGGAAGAUGCCGGAAAAUCUGAUGCGUGUGCCGGUUGCCCUAAUCAAGAAGCCUGUGCUUCUGCUCCUAAAGGCCCCGAUCCAGAUUUGAUUGCAAUUGCAGAAAGAAUGGCAGCAGUGAAGCACAAGAUCUUAAUUUUAUCUGGUAAAGGCGGAGUUGGAAAAAGCACAUUCUCCGCUCAGCUCUCGUUCGCCCUUGCUGACAUGGACUUCCAAGUAGGACUACUCGACAUCGACAUUUGCGGGCCCAGCAUCCCUAAAAUGCUCGGGUUAGAAGGCCAAGAGAUUCACCAAAGCAACCUAGGUUGGUCCCCCGUUUACGUUGACUCCAUAGGCGUAAUGUCGAUCGGGUUCAUGCUCCCCGACCCGGAUGACGCGGUCAUCUGGCGCGGCCCACGUAAAAACGGGAUCAUUAAACAGUUUCUCAAAGACGUUUAUUGGGGUGAGCUCGAUUUUCUAGUCGUUGACGCCCCGCCCGGGACGUCAGACGAGCACAUCUCGAUUGUCCAGUUUUUAAAAGAAACGGGAAUCGACGGUGCGAUUAUCGUCACCACCCCGCAACAAGUUUCGCUAAUUGACGUGAGGAAAGAAGUCAGCUUUUGUAAAAAAGUCGGGAUUCGCGUUCUCGGAGUUGUUGAGAACAUGAGCGGGUUACGUCAAUCGCUUUCGGAUUUCAAGUAUGUGAAACCGUUAAAGAAUGGGGGAGAAGAAGAAGAAGAGAAUGUUACGGAGCGGGUGAUGGCGGUUUUGAGGGAAAAAGCACCGGAAUUGUUGGAUGUUGUAGCGUGUAGUGAGGUGUUCGAUAGCAGCCGUGGCGGGGCGGCGAGAAUGUGCGUCGAGAUGGGGGUCCCGUUUCUCGGGAAAGUGCCGUUGGAUCCGAAGUUAUGUAAAGCGGCUGAAGAAGGUCGAUCUUGUUUUGCGGGUGAUGAGUGUCGGGUGAGUGCUUCCGCGCUUUCUGCGAUAAUUGCUAAGUUGUUGAAGAACGAUACGAUUGCGUGAGUGUGAAAUGAUGUGAGUUUAUAUUCUGAUUUUGUGAAUCUUGUUAUCGGAUUUUCGUUUGUGUUCGUUCGUUUAAGUUUAAUUGAACGAAUGAAUGGAAAAUACGUUUAAACAAACAAAUUCUCUUGUAUUGUAUUAAGAAAUUUUUAGAAAGGUAAUGUACCAUAUCAUUAAAAGUAAUCAAUUUAUGCAUAAUAUUCUUUUGUAUAUGCAUAA